UAUUGUAAAUUAACAAGACAAUACAACUUUGAAUGAAAUAAUGUUUAAUAUAAAACAAUUGUUAAUAAUAUUACUAUUGUAUUUAACUAAUUUCUAUCAAUGUUAUGCAAAUGUGGUUUUUUUAACUGAAGAAAGCGGAAAAUAUCAACAACAAAUACAACAACCUUUAGAAUCUUACGGUAAUGCUGCUAGUCUAGAAACAAUUCUUGGUGCUUCCUAUUACCCUGUGGAAUCAUAUGACAUUGAUGAUGGUAUUAAUAGUGGUGUAGGUGAAGCUAUCACAUCUACGGAUUAUCUUCCACAAAUUGAAUAUCAAGCUUAUAAUAAUGAUGGUAAUUUAUACCAUGUACCCGUUGUAUAUGGCGGUAAAUAUAGCGAUUAUGUGAAUGAAGAUAAUGAUUAUGAAAAUUAUAUACCACAAGUAUACCAAGCAGUACAAUCAGAAUAUUAUCCAAAUCAAAGAGAAGAAUCAUACACACCAGAAAGAUAUGAGGUUGUGAAUUCCCAGCAGGAAGAAUAUACACCAGAAGUGUACUUGGCUGGAAAUUCUGAGUAUUAUCCAAAUUACAGAGAAGAAUCAUACACACCAGAAAGAUAUGAGGUUGUGAAUUCCCAGCAGGAAGAAUAUACACCAGAAGUAUACUUGGCUGGAAAUUCUGAGUAUUAUCCAAAUUACAGAGAAGAAUCAUACACACCGGAAAGAUAUGAGGUUGUGAAUUCCCAGCAGGAAGAAUAUACACCAGAAGUAUACUUGGCUGGAAAUUCUGAGUACUAUACGUAUCCAGAACAAGAAUCAUACACACCAGAAAGAUACGGGAUUGUGAAUUCCAGACAGGAAGAAUAUACACCAGAAGUACACUUAGCUGGAAAUUCUGAGUAUUAUCCAAAUUACAGAGAAGAAUCCUACACGCCAGAAGUAUACAAAACUGUAUAUCCUAAAAAUUAUCCAAUACCUAAACAUGAGAAAUAUACACCACAUGAAUAUAAAGUUGAAAAUGUUGAAUAUUAUCCAAAACACAAAUAUGAACAAUAUAAACCAGAAGUGUAUGUCAAUGAAGACAACAAGCAUCACUUGAGACACAGACCUGAACAAUACAAUUCAGAGGUAUACAAAAGAAACAACAUUGUUCACCACGGACCAGAUGAACAUGAGAAGUAUAAACCAGAAGUAUAUGAAACUGAACACAUGGAAUAUUAUCCAAAACAUGAUCAUAAAAUGCAUAAACCAGUGGUAUAUGAAGACAAAUCUUUCGAAUAUCAUCCAAGUCAUAAGCAGGAAAAGUAUGCACCAAAAGUAUAUGAAACUAAACACAUCAAACCUUAUCCAAAUCAGGAACACAAAGGCCAUAAACAAGAGGUAUAUGAAACUAAGACCAAUGAAUAUUAUCCCAUACAUGGAUAUGAUAAUUAUAAACCAAAGGUAUAUGAAGCUAAAGUCACAGAAUACUAUCCACGCUAUGAACAUGACAAGUACAAACGAAGUGUUGCCGAAAAACACAUUAAACAUCAUCAACCUAUACAACGACGUACUAGUCUAGGCAAACCCAUAAACUACAAUAAUUAUUAUGAAAAUGAAGCACGAACAGAUUAUAAUAACUAUGCUGAAUACCAUCAUAAUUCUGUUGAAAAAGAAAAUCAACCAGAUUACUCCAACUUACCAAUAGCCUCAAAUAAACAUCAAAAGUAUGUACCAAAUAAAUUAGGCGAUUUACAUGAUUAUAUACCCAUAGAUGAUAAACUCUAUGUGAUUCAUCCAAAAAGUUUAAACACUAAUGAAUAUAAAGUGGAAACAGUCACUGCUAAACCUAAUGAUUAUUAUUUCCAUCAACCAUCGAUAAGGUAUAUAGCACAGAAAAAAGCAAAUGGUAAUUUCAAAAAUAUCUAUCCAAAAUUGUCUGCACGCUACCAAGCUUAUAUACAAUCAUCACAGAAUGAUAAAAAGGUGCAUUAUCCAUCUUCUAAAUCUACAAAACACUACUAUCUUCAACAGAAUAAACCCGUUGCCUAUAGUGUUAACAAUUAUCAAGUGAAAUCUAAACCACUGAAGAGGAGGUACAAUGGCUACUUUUCACCAAAAAGUCUAUUUCAAUUCGGUGAUGAAGAAAAAUCUAAAGAUUAUUUAGAAGUUAUUUCAUAUCAUCAUAGUGCACAUCAAGGACCAAAAGGUAAAAUUAAAAAUUAUUCACAUUAUGAUAUGUACGGUCGAUUAAUUGUUCGAGGUAAGGUAAUAUUUGAUAAAAAACCCGGAUCGAAACACAAAGCUCACGAUUAUGCAUACAAUCAUAACAAUCAUAUUAAUAAUAAUAAAAACAUUUUAUAAUAAUAAUGAAGAUUUAAAUAAGAAAUAUAUAAACCACUAUGCCUAUACAAGAGGCGGAGUACACAAGUAGUAUCCUGAUAAUGAUAAUAAUAAUAACAAACAUUCAUAUUACAGAUGGAUAAUAAAAUAUCAUAAAAUUCCCUGUAAUUUUGUUCUUUAUUAAUAAUAAAAUACAAUUUUA